UAAGCAAGCAGGUUACUUCGGUUUAAGUGACUCAACGGCCAACACCUCUCUCUCUCUCUCUAUCUCUCGCUUUGAAAGGUCCUCCAACUUUUCUCAAGAUCGGUGCAUCGAGUUCGGUCGUUUUAUAUUAAAUUCAUUCCUUUUUCAUUCAUCGACCAUUAUUUGGUGAAACGAAGUUUUAAUCGAUCAUUAAAAAAAAAAAAAAAAAAAAAAAGGGUGAGAAAAAGAGGGAAGAGACACGAAAUCGAAAAUAAUAUAUUCGAAGAAGAGUGAAAAUAGUGAUUGCAACUCAGACAAAUUAUCGGACGAUCGAUAUUUUAAUGAAUUAAUUUAUUUAUACGAACGUUUGGACGAACACGCGUGUUGUAUGAAACAGUGUUAAUAAAUACGAGAGCAAAAGAAUUUUCUUCGAUCAUUUGGAAUUUUCUGUCGUCGAAUAGAAUCGAAAAUAAAUAUCACCAUAAUGGGUAUGGACGAGCAACAAGAAUUCAAUUACGAGUGUGGUCUAAGCAAAGAUACGCAGCAAAUGGCGAAGGAUGAACUUCGCGAGGAUGAUAAAAUGAGAGAACAAACAUUGGAACAAUUUAGGCAAUGGAUCUUGAAACAUCCAUCGAUCAAAGCUUGCAGAACUGAUCCGAUUUUUCUUCUUAGAUUUUUAAGAACGAAAAAGUUUAGUCUACCAAUGGCACAGAAGAUGCUCGAAAGAUAUCUCACCGUAAGACAACUUUAUCCCGACUGGUUUCAAAAUCUCGACAUCGAUGAUCCGGAAAUAGAAGCUAUCAUAGACAAUGGCUAUAUCAUACCUUUGCAAGAACGAGACGCUCACGGUCGAAAAAUCUUACUCAUUUCCGCAGAACGCUUUAACCCAUACAAAUACACGUCGACCCAGAUGAUACGCGUUCAUAGCAUCAUCUUCGAAGCUCUCCUGGACGACGAGGAAAAUCAAGUUCGCGGAUAUAACUACAUACUAGACGAGUCCGGCUUAACUAUGGGUCACCUAAGCGCUUGGUCUUUCACCGAUAUCCGUAACAUGCUACAUUGCAUAGAGAAUAGUUUGCCUGUGAGACACAAGGAAACUCACUUUAUCAAUAUACCGACAUAUGCUUCCAAGAUUAUUGAAUUUGCUAUGUCUUGUCUCAAAGACAAAUUGAAAAAUCGUGUUGUGAUACAUAAAAGCAUCGAGGAAUUGAGAGAAACUCUAGAUCCAAAGGUUUUGCCAAAGGAGUAUGGAGGCAAAGUUCCUCUUACGGAGAUGGUCGACUCUAUUAAGAAGACUUUAAAAGAGAAGAAAGAGCAAAUAAAGGCUCUUGAUAAAAUGCAUAUUGAAAUAUCGCCAAGUGAAUAUCAGGCCGCAUACGGUGAAGAACUUUGUGGUAUUUUUGGUUCCUUUCGUAAGUUAGAAGUGGACUAAGCCAUCCUUGUAUGCUGAUAUGAAUUCAUUGAUCUUCUUUUUUGUUUUGUUUCUUUUUGUCUUGUUUAUUCAUUGUUUAAAUCGUAUCGAUGUAUGAUAUGCUUAUUAGAGUUUCGUUACGGUUAAAUGUUUUAAACGUAUAAAUAUAUAUUUAUAGUUACGUUUUCAUAUUUUAUACGGAAUUUAGAUUUUGUAUAAAUAUUAUAGU